UUCCUCAAGAUAAAAGCUGCAAGACCAGCUCAGCCCCUCCCUGUGCCGAGGAAUGUGAGACGCCCUUUGGAUUUUCGUUGUCGGAGACUUUUUAGUUUCAUUUCUCUCUUCUGCUGUCAGCGAUGGCGUCUGCUGAUCUGAGACUGGAGCUGGACUGUUCCAUCUGCCUGAACAUUUAUACGGAUUCUGUAAUGCUGAGCUGUGGACACAACUUCUGCCGGGUCUGUAUUGAUCGUGUGUUGGAUACACAGGAGGGGUCUGGAGGAUAUUCCUGUCCUGAGUGCAGAGAAGAGUUCCGGGAUCGGCCUGUACUGCACAGGAACAUAACACUACGUAACAUAGUGGAGACUUUCCGGUCUACUCAGCUGGAAGAAGGGAAGACUGGAAUCUUCUGUACUUACUGUAUUCACUAUCCUGUACCUGCUGUUAAAUCCUGUCUGCAUUGUGAAGCUUUUCUGUGUGAUAAUCACCUGAGAGUCCACAGCAAGUCACCAGAACAUGUCUUAACUGAUCCCACCACUUCCAUGGAGAACAGAAAAUGCUCCAUCCAUAGAGAACUUCUUAAAUAUUACUGCACUGAGGACUCUGCCUGUAUCUGUGUGUCCUGCAGUUUGGCCGGAGAACAUCGGGGACACAAGGUGGAGACUCUGGAUGAGGCCUCUGAGAAGAAGAAACAGAAACUCAGAAAUGAUCUGCAGAAAAUUAUGACAGAGAGAGAGGAGACGGAGAAAAGAGUCCAGAGUCUGCAGGAUCGCAGAAGAAAAGUACAAAACAUAUCAGAGAGAGUCACUGCCCUGUUCAUAGAGCUCAGGAGACAUCUGGAGGACCUGGAGAAGAGAGUCCGGAGGAACAUCUCCAGCCAGGAAGAGAGGAUCUCAUUGUCUGAUCUGAUCCAUCAGCUGGAAAUAAAGAAGGAGGAUCUGUCCAGGAAGAUGAAGGACAUUGAGGAGCUGUGUAACAUGACUGACCCACUGACUGUCCUACAGGAAUCAGACACAGGGGACUUGUGUGAUACUGAGGAGGGAGAUAAUGAGGACAGAGAGAGACAUGAUAGACUCUUCCAUGAUGGAGGGGAUCUGGAUGUGUCUGGAAUCUCACACACAUUACACACAGGGUUAUCUGAUAUGAUAAAAGGGGGAUAUGUAACAUUCUAUAUACAGGAAGCUUCAGACAUAUUACUGGAUGUGAACACAGCUCAUAAUAAUCUACAGAUAUCAGAUGACAUGAAAACUGUAUCCUUGUCAGAUAUAAAGCAGAAUCGUCCAGAAACACCGGAGAGAUUUCCGUGUCGGUCCCAGGUAUUAAGCAGUCAGAGAUUUUCCUUGGGGCGACAUUACUGGGAAGUGGAUGUCAGUGAGUCAGAACAUUACAGAGUCGGGAUGUGUUAUCCCAGUAUAGAGAGGGGAGGAGAGCAGUCACUGAUUGGAGAUAAUAACAAGUCCUGGUGUUUGCGCAGGUAUAGCGGUCAGUGUUAUGUAAUACAUGACAAUAAACCGAUCAUCAUAUCUCCCGAUCUCUCCAGUAACAGAGUCAGGAUCUAUGUGGAUUAUGAGGCCGGGCAGCUGUCCUUUUAUGAUCUGUGUGACCCAAUCAGACACAUCCACACCUUCACCACCACCUUCACUGAGCCCCUCCAUGCUGGGUUAGCUGUAGGAAAAGGUUCUAUAACAACAUCUGGGGGUAAAAAGCGACGUGAGAAAUAAUAAUAUAACAGAAAAUCUGCCCAAAUCUGCUGACAUCACAGAAAUAUGAAUCUGAUUAUUUUUAACCAACAGAAUAAUGCCGUAGAUUCAGUAGAUUACAGCUUGCCAAUACUUAGAUGUUCUUCUUUCGGCCUUUUUGUUUUCAAUUAUUUUUACCUAGAGAUCCUGCCAGUAACACACUUCCUGUCCUGGGGUGACACAACUCACUCAUAGUACUAUACACCGUAGAUUUUUAGGUACCGUAAUUUAGCACCAUUCCACCGGCGUACGCAAUUUUAAAGCAUGACAUGUUGUGUAUCUAUUUAAUAUAUCAUAAUAUCAUCUUUUAUAUUUUAGAAAAACAUAUGGGUAAUAUAUUGUGUAUUCAAAUUCAUGAAUUUAUUUUUUCUCCAAAAAAACUAUGCAACACCCAAUGUUUUAUUCUCUAGGCCACCAUUUUAUUCUCUAGGGUUUCUGCUUAAAACAAUAUAUAAUGUUUGAGGGUUUUAAGCAGUCUUCUGCUGAUUUUUACAUAUAGGAGAGGAAUAUCGAACUGCAGAGUGCACAGGACAGCACUGGAUUUCUGGCAGGAUUCACAUGUAAUUUAUACACUUAUUAAAUAGCUAUAACAAUAUUCUUUCAAGUGUAUGUUUAACAGAUCAAAAUGAAGGAAAUUAGUGAAGUUCCUUGGUAUCUUCAUUGUAGUUUAUUGUUGCUGUCAGACAGAAGUGUACAAAGCUGUAAAGCUCUAAUUAGCUCAGAGUGACGCCCCUCCCCCCUCCCCCCAAUGCUGCUGUGUAGGUGAUUACAGGAAGUGAUAUCAGGACAAAUUCAGAUAUAUACAACAGUUCUAGGCUUUUUAAUUAAUACAUAAUUGCAUUAAAAUAGAACUAUAGGCAAAAUUGUAUUUGUUCAUUUUGGAUAGAUCAAGGGAGGGUUAUAACCCCCGUCAGAUUUUUUAUUUUU